AUGGCAAAGGGUAAGAAGAAAGAUGGCAAGAAGGCAGAAAAAUCUGCACGUCUUCCUAUUCCUGCACAAGAUGUUAAAGCUGAGAGUAGUUCAGUAAAGCUGACAGAUUUGAAGACGUCAGUGAAUGAAAUGGAAGAAACACAGGCAAAUCCAGUUAUGUCGGAUAAAGAACCAGAGGAGGUAGAGGAACCUCCAGUCCAAGAUGUUCCUCAAUGCUACGAGGAGCGUGUUCUUGCUGAAAUUAUUGUAAAAAGAUACGAAGGUGAAAAAGUCUGUGGAUCGUAUGAGGGUGAAGGAUUUGCAUAUUUUGAGGGAGGAAAUACAUAUAAGGGCACGUUUUCUGGAGGGUUUAUGCAUGGGCAAGGCACUUACACAUGGGCUGAUGGAGUGAUGUAUGAGGGAGUGUUUGUUAAGAAUGUGCAGAUGUUUAAUGGCCGUUACACGUGGAGUGAUGGCAGCAUUUAUGAAGGAGCAAUCAAGGACGGAAUGAGGCACGGAUUCGGAUUUUACAGGAGUGGCACAUGUCCUGUGUCUUACAUUGGCUAUUGGUGUAAAGGCAAAAGACAUGGAAAGGGUACCAUGUAUUAUGAUCAGGAACAUACUUCUUGGUAUUCAGGCGACUGGGUAAAUAAUAUCAAAGAAGGAUGGGGAAUGAGAUGCUACAAGUCUGGAAAUAUCUAUGAAGGUCAGUGGGAGAAAAAUGUACGUCAUGGAAAAGGAAGAAUGAGAUGGUUGACAGCUAAUCAAGAGUACAUGGGGCAGUGGGUGUAUGGCAUACAGCAUGGACAUGGCACCCAUGUGUGGUUUUUGAAGAGAAUGCCUGCAUCUCAGUAUCCUGUAAGGAAUGAAUACACAGGUGACUUUGUAAAUGGGGAGCGGCAGGGACGCGGGAGGUUCGUGUAUGCCAGUGGAGCAAUGUACGAUGGUGAAUGGUUUGGUAACAGGAAGCAUGGCCAGGGCAAGUUUGUCUCCAAGAAUGGUCAUGUUUAUGAAAGAGAGUUCAUAGACGAUCGUGUAGUGGAAUGUCCCCCGACCCGAGCGGACGCAACGAAUGCAAAAGAGCUGAAUGCCAUUUGCACAGGAAGUCAUUUUGGCGUUGAAGAUAACACAGUCAUUGAUUGCUCAGGAAAUACUUCUAUUUUGGGAUCAGAUAUUGAGUUGGUUAUAUCUUCACUGCUUGAUUUGUUGCCAAGGGAAGAGAGACAUGAAGAACUGAAACAAGUAGAAUUUGCUGUGUUGAGGUAUAUUACAGAACUGAGAAGAAUUUACACCUUCUACAGCAGAUUAGGCUGUGAUCAUUCUUUCGACAACACCUACCUCAUGACUAAGCUCCAGUUUUGGAGAUUUUUGAAGGACUGCCGGUUUCAUCACUCCAACUUAACUCUUGCUGAAAUGGAUCGGCUAUUGAGCGAUGAUAAAACACCACUUGAGGAGAUACAUUGCCCGUAUGAGACUUUACUGUUCAGAACAUUUUUAUCUUACCUUGUUCGUCUAGCAUUUCAUAUCUAUCAUGAAGAGCACCAAGAGAAGAGUCCUUAUCUGCAUAAGUGUUUCUUGGUUCCUGCUGCCUGUCACGUCCAAGGUAUCUUGUUUUCUGAAGAACGAUGUACAGCUUUUGCCUUGAGCUACAUUGACAAAUGCUGGGAAAUCUACAGAGCUUUUCGUAGACCGAGUACCAGACCUCCCUGUGAACCCACAAUGAAAAUGAGGCACUUCCUUUGGAUGUUGGAUGAUUUUAAACUUCUCAGCAAACAAUUAACUGUUUCAAGACUUGUGGAAAUACUUGUCAAAGGUGAUCCCUCUCUACAUCACAGCAGCAGUCCCAGCCUGGAGCCAGAGUUGGUUUUUCUAGAAUUUGUUGAAGCUCUUCUUGAUUGUGCGUUGGUGUUUGUUACCAGUGAUAUGAUUAAGGAGCAAGUAAAUCAUGAUAAUCAGAAAAGAAGUAGCUUUAGAAUCCAGGAUCACUCCAAGGGAACCACAAAGAUGUCUCUGUACCCAGAAUAUUCUCUGUCCCAGCCAGUGAGACCUCAUGAAGACAGAGGGCAUUCUCCUCAAGAAUCUUUACUGGUAUCAGACACUGUCCUUUCACCACGGACAACUCAGGGAGUUAUCAGAGAUGUUCCGUUGUUAUCCAGCUGGGAGGCAGAAAAAGAUUUCUCUCCAGCAAAGGAAUUGACAGAUGAACCAAAAGAAGCCAAAGCUGAACAAGAUGAGGAAUUUGGUCUGUGGCUGUGUCAGGUGCAAACCUUUUUUACAACUAAGUUAUUUCCUGCCUACCAGCAUGAAAAAGUGCUAAGGGCAAAAAUAAAAGAAAAUCGAAGACGAGAUGCUGAAUUAGCUGAGCUGAGCAAGACCAAGGAUGAGGAGCUGUCUAAACUUAUUGCUGUAAGAGAUGAAAAGGCAAAAAGGCAAGAAGCAGCUGCAGCAGAAAAAACAUGUGACUCCAAGAGUACAGAUCUUAAGGAGUUAAAGGAGCCUGUCACACAGUUAGUACCCCCUCCAAAGGAAGAGACACCUGUUGUAGCAGCCCCAGUUGCCUCCAAGGUGCCUGCUGGCAGAAAGAGAAGAAAGAAAUAA